AUGGUUUCCAAAUACGAUGCUUAUGUUGCAAUGGGACACUACGGAGUCAGCGAAACUUCAAUUUACACUGACUGCGUUGCCAGUUGUCAUUUUCUUCUGAUGGAUGGUCGUUAUAAUGGUAUUCCAUUUGCAUUUAUGGACCACAACUCCUUUCCCAUUACAGGAAAAAAUCCAUCAGAAGAUUUAAAAUUACUGUUAACGUCUCUUCUGUCGAAACUAACGAAAAAGCUACCAAAGCAUAAAAGAAAACAAUUUAGGAUCAAAAAAUUGAAAGAUUUACGCUUGUUGGUUGGUGGUGGUACCGUCAGUGGAACAAUUCAUGAACGAGAAGCAUAUUCCCUCUUAAGAAAUCCAAAUAAAUUUAUUCAUGAUCGUUUAAAAUUGAUCUUAGAAGACAAAUAUCUCUACUUGUUCAAUGAAUUGCAUCAUCGAACGGUCAUCAUCAACCCAGUGGUAUUUGAAACAUCUGAUGAUGAUGAUGAACAUGCUGCAGAAUAUGAUGGAAAAAAAAUUAUUGAAGAUCAUGGUCUCCGAGUUUAUUAUGAUUGUGAAUCAAAAAUUGGUUUUAUCUUUGUCCAGUGGGGAUGUGAAAUGGCUGAUGGAGAUUUAGCUUAUAUUAAAUUUCACAGUUUAUCUACAAAAGAAGAUGGUUAUCAAUGGACAUUAUUACAAGAUGAAAUUAAAAAAAUUAAAAAUAACAUUGAUACAAGCGAGGAAGAACUUCAACAACUUAAUAAUGCUUUGUCAUUAAUAUCAUCCAAUUCUUUUUAUAUUCCAUCGUCAUCAAUAAAAUCCAUUUUUUCAUAUGAAUCUACUGAUAAUGAUCAUGAAAAUGAUGGUAUUGUAAAAUUUAAAUUAGUUCGAUCGGAAAAAGAUUUAAGAAAUAAUGAUAUUGAUUUUCGACCUAAAUAUACUCCUCAAAUAUUUGUUCAAAAUGAAGCAUUUUUCCGAUAUUAUGGUGUACAAAUUCAUGUUUAUUAUUUAUCAGCAUCAAUUAGUUUUUAUUUAAAUGUUCAUUAUGACGAAAAAAUUAAUCCAAAAAGCGACCAACAAUUGAAACCUGAUGUUAUAAUUGCAUUAUUAAGUCAAUGGUUGCCAUCAGCAAUGACAACAGAUCUAGAAUUAUUUUUAUCGAAAUUAAAAACUGAAUAUGAAUAUUCACCAUUUGGUGAACAAUUAUUAGGCUAUGAAUUAACAGGACAUGAAUCUUCUUAUUUUAUUCAUCGUAUAAAUCAACAAAAUUUACCUAGUAAUUCAAAAUUCUUUGAUUGUGAAAUGUUAAUUUUACCACCUUAUCAACGAAAAGGUCAUGGACGACGUCUUUUAACAGCAAUUUAUGAAGAUUUACGAACAAAUUCACGUGUUCAAGACAUUACAGCUGAAGAUCCAUCAGAUGAAUUUGUUGCAUUACGUGAUCUUGUUUCACUUGAAUUAUGUCAUAAAUAUUUACCAGAUUUAUUUUCUAAAGAAUCAAUACUUAAAACUGAUCGUGUAGCAAAAGAAAUGAUUGAUAAAGCACGAGAAGUUUGUAAAUUAACUAAACAAGAAACACGACGUGUUCAUGAAAUGUGUCUUCUUCAAUCAAUUAAUCAUAAUGAUGAUAAACAAAUGAGACGAUUUCGUUUACUUGUUAAACAACGUCUUUUGGAAUUAUUAGAAUUUGAUCGACAUAAUAAGAUUGAAUUGGUUGAUGAACAGAAUCGAAAAAUUUAUAUAACUUAUCAAUAUGAAGUUGAUUUUGAACAUUAUAAGAACAUUCUUCAAUCAUAUCAUAAAUAUAUUACAUAA